GUUGAAGCAGGCUCGCCGCUCUCUCCUUGAACUGCAACAAUUCUGGGAGGGGUCAGAACGCUGGGAUUUGGCGCUGCUUGGCGCUGCCUACUCCAGUGUCACCAUGGAGCGGCCCAGGCAGCUUCCUCUAUUCUGCUCGAAAAGUGAUGCAGAAGGAGAAAGGGCUGACAGUGUUUUGACUUGGAAGCUCGACUUCAGAGACACAGGCUGAAGACUUUUCUGCGUCUUGCCCAGCAUUAGGGUUCAAUCCAUUCUGCAGUAGCUUCUGGUGAAGCUUGACUGGUGCAGUUUUGCUUUCCUUUAUGGUUUAAAGAUUGGAGGUCUUGUUAAGCUGGGGUCUCUAGUUCUUCAGUGCUGCUUAGCAGUGCAAGCUCAGAGUUGAGCUGCAGUGCACCCAGCGAAGCCACGCCUGCAUCUCAACUGAAAAAGAAGUGAUAGCUUAGCUUCAAGAAAAGCCAUGCGCAGCGUUCAAUAACAGCAGGCAGCUGCAUUGGUCGUCAUUGGACCUCACCAAGCAAACUAUCAAUUUGAGAAAGAACAGUAGGAGGAGGCAAAGCCCAUGCACGAGUGCUGAAGCAGAAACUUCAGAAAGUCCAGGAGAAGGAUCCAAGCGCCUGGUUUCUGUGCAUUCUGCCAGUCAGUAACAAUGUCGACGGAGAAAGUGCAGCCCAUUCUGGAGGGGUAUCUCAAGAAGCAGUCGCCCAAGGGGCUGCUGGUGAAGCCCUGGCAGGAGCGCUACUUUGUGCUUCAGCCAAACGGCGAGAUAUUGUAUUAUGCCUCUCACCAGUCGAUGUCAGACGUGACAGGGCGUAUCAAACUGAGGACAAUCACUGAAAUUGGUGUUAGCAAGAAGAACGGCUGCUUGAUUGAGAUCCAGGCGCUUAAAAAGGGCAGCCCAAGAAGCUAUCUGCUACUAGCAAAUAACAGCUCAGAUGCUCGAAUGUGGCUGGACAAUAUUGAGGACGUCAGGAAGAAGUGUGAAGAAGCAGACAAGAAAGGGUCGGAAACACCGAAGAACAAGAUGAGCCUAAUUUUCCAAUGCCCCGAUGGAGUCACGUUUAUCGAGCGCCCUGUUAGUGCAACUGAAAACAUGUACGAAGUGAAGGCAGGCUUCUUUGCGCAUGCAAAGCGGAUGGGUCGACCCUUGCCGGGUGUUUCAGAGGACUACCUGGUGAUCCUUGAAACCGCAGAUCUGGAACCCCAACAGAUUUUUCUGGAGGACAUCCGAGGGGAACUUGGCCAACAUCCAUCCUUCGCGACCGCGUUCGCUGAGAAGCAGUCCUGGAAGGCGGUCGUCAAGCCCCUGGCUGAGAUGUCGGAGCUCAAGCAACAACUGGAGCGGCAGCGGAGCACGUCGCAGGAGAUCGAGAUCCUGGUAGGGAGGAGCGCGUCGGUCAGCAGCGCGGACUCGGUGUACCUCUCCGAAGUUAUCAGUGAAGCCUCUUCGGCUUUGAUUGGUGGGCUUCUCCGGACGCCCGAACUCUGA